UGAGAGAAAAAGGAGGGAAAGCAAGUAGCAAUUAGCCGUCUACUUGGCUGGAAAAGCCGAGAAGUGUAAAAAUAAGAUAGCGGAGCGGACGUAAAACUUGGGCUCCUUGUGUCUGCUGGUUGAAUAAUUUAAAGCCCAAUGAGGUGGUGAACGAGCGGGAAAGGCUCGUUGGUCUCGACUGUGUCCACUUUCGAAAAAGGAGAGCGCGAAAGCUUCGUGUACAAGAAUUAUAAAAAAAAGGUUCGUGUGCAAGAAUUGUAUAAAAAAUGAAAAAUGUAAAGGACUUUCCGCCUCUACCCAUUCUCUGAUUCUCCACUGCCAAAUACGAAAUGGGUGAUAGAGAAGAGAUGGAUUUCGUUCUCAAGAAAUACUUUGGCUACUCUGGAUUCCGAGCGUAUCAAAAGGAAGUGAUACAGAAAGUAACAGAAGGAAGGGACUGCUUGGUGGUGAUGGCCACUGGCUCUGGGAAAUCUUUGUGUUAUCAGGUUCCUCCACUGAUUGUCGGAAAGACAGCAAUAGUUGUAAGUCCUCUCAUCUCCUUAAUGCAGGAUCAGGUCAUGACUUUGAAACAGCGGGGCAUCAGAGCUGGGUACCUUGGCAGCGCUCAGACUGAUUCCACCGCCCAGACCAAAGCUGAGAAUGGUUAUUUUCACCUACUCUUCUUGACCCCUGAGAAGGCAUGCCUCCUUCCUGCCAGCUUCUGGUUAAAUCUUCUAAAGCUGGGAAUUUGUCUGUUUGCUGUUGAUGAAGCACACUGCAUAUCUGAAUGGGGCCAUGAUUUCAGGGUGGAAUACAAACAGUUGGACAAGUUACGAGCUAUUCUCUCUGAUGUUCCUUUUGUCGCCUUAACUGCAACUGCCACUGAAAAUGUUCGUGUGGAUAUCAUCAAUUCCCUGAAGAUGAAAGACCCAUAUGUUGCAAUUGGAUCAUUUGAUCGUAAGAACAUCUUCUAUGGUGUCAAGCAUCAUAAUCACAGUCAAUCAUUUCUGGAUGAGCUUGUGCAAGAAAUUUCAAGAUUAGUAGCCAAUGCAGGCUCAACUAUCAUUUACUGCCUUACAAUUAAAGAGGUUGAGCGGAUAUUCAAGUCACUCCAGAAGGCAGGAAUUAAGGCUGGAAUCUACCAUGGUCAAAUGGGCAGUAAAGCUCGUGAGGAGUCUCACAGAUUGUUUAUAAGAGACGAACUGCAAGUAAUGGUUGCAACUAUUGCUUUCGGUAUGGGAAUUGAUAAGCCAAAUGUAAGGCAUGUCAUUCAUUAUGGUUGUCCAAAAAGUAUAGAGGCCUAUUAUCAGGAAAGUGGGCGAUGUGGUAGAGAUGGCAUGGCUUCUGUCUGCUGGCUUUAUUACACAGGAAGUGACUUUGCAAAGGCAGAGUUUUAUUGUGGGGAAUCACAAAGUGAAAAUCAUAAAAGAGCCAUCAGGGAGUCACUGAUGGCUGGGCAGCGCUAUUGCUUACUUACGACUUGCAGAAGAAAGUUCUUGCUAGAUCACUUUGGGGAAAAACUUUCAACUGACAAUUGUGGAAAUUGUGACAACUGUUUGGUCUCAAGAAGGGAGCGUGACAUGUCUAAGGAAUCAUUUUUAUUGAUGGCUUCUAUUCAAUCAUGUGGGGGUAACUGGGGCCUUAAGAUGCCCAUAGAUGUCCUUCGAGGCUCUCGAUCAAAAAAGAUUGUUGAUGCACAGUUUGACAAGCUUCCACUUCAUGGACUUGGAAAAAGUUACUCUUCAAACUGGUGGAAAGCACUGGCACACCAACUAAUAUCUCAUGGCUAUUUGAUGGAGACUGUCAAAGAUGUGUACCGAACUGUAAGUGUUAGUCCAAAAGGGAAACAACACCUUAGUUCUGCUGGACCUGAUCAUCAGUCACCAUUAUAUUUGCCGCUGACUGAUGAAAUGCUUGAUGAUGAGGACCAAGAUAGCACAUCAGGAGAAAUUCGGAAGGUUAAGAAUUUGGCCCCCUUGGACAAUGAAGGAUUCUCAGAGGCAGAGGCACAACUCUAUCGCCUGCUUUUAGAAGAGAGAAUGAAGCUUGCCAGAGCCAUUGGAACUGCUCCAUAUGCUGUAUGUGGUGAUGAAACAGUAAAAAGAAUUGCAUUGAUAAGGCCAUCUACCAAAGCAAGAUUUGGAAACAUUGAUGGUGUUAACCAGCACCUUGUAAGGACACAUGGGGAUUAUCUUCUUAACAUUAUCAGGCAUCUAUCAGAAAGCCUAAACCUCUCUUUGGAUGGGGAAGCAUCCUUCCAGACUGCUAUACCAAAAGCACAUCCUGUAUUGAACAACCAGAGAAAAAUAGCUCCUGCAAAGUAUGACGCUUGGAAAAUGUGGCAUGCAGAUGGCUUAUCAGUUCAGAAAAUUGCUAACUUCCCUGGUAGACCUGCUCCUAUAAAGGAACAAACUGUUCUUCAAUAUCUUCUGGAUGCUGCUCAAGAAGGAUUUGAGAUUGAUUGGACCAGAUUAUGCAGUGAGAUUGAAUUGACACAUCAAAUGUUCUCGGACAUCUGUGAUGCAGUGUCAAAGAUUGGCUCUAGAGAGAAGUUGAAGCCUAUUAAAGAUAAAUUACCAGAAGAGACAAGUUAUACACAUAUCAGGACAUGUUUGGUAAUGCAGAGCUAUGGAAUAUCUCCAGAAGUAGUUGCGCCUUGUUGCAAUCCACAGAAAACAGCUGAACUAUCAAGUGAGGCUGUCGAAUCAUGCUUGAUUGAUGCAUGCCACACUAAAAGUCCGCAUGAAUUUGACAUGUCAGGCAAUAGUAUGGUUCAUUUUUCGUCCUCUAAAAACUUAACUAGUGCCCAGGGACCCAAGUUGGACCUGGACUGCAAUGAUGAUCUGGUCUCAAGUAAACGCCACAAACUUGUACAUAAAGGAAGUUCAACUGCAUCAGAGGCAACAGAAGAUUUGAUAUUAAACUGGUUGAAGAAUCAUGAUGAAGGGGUUCCGCUAUCUGCUAUCGUGGAGCACUUCCAUGGAUCCAACAAGGAGCACGUGGUGAAACUAUUGGGUAACCUUGAAAGUGAUUUUAUGGUAUUUAGAAAGAAAGAUUUGUAUAGGCUUAUGUAAAGAGAAAAAUUAAGUGAUUU